AUGCUUCGAAUCAAACAAGACUCACAGAUAGUUAUUCAACGCUCGGAAGUACAGCAGUACGUACCUCUCAAAAGCGUGAAUAUUGAAGCCACUAUUCGAUCGUUUGCUGCCGAUGUAACGAUUACUCAAGUAUUUCGAAAUGAUGAAAAAACCUCAAUCGAAGCGGUCUACUGUUUUCCUAUCGAAGAACAAGCAGCUAUAUAUGCUUUUGUGGCACACAUUGACGAUCGUGAAAUUAUUGCUCAAUUGAAAGAGAAGAAGAAAGCUCAGCAAGAGUAUACUGAAGCACUUCAACAAGGUCAUGGAGCUUAUUUACUUGAACAAGAUGAAAAAUCGCAAGACAAUUUCAUCAUCAAUGUUGGUGCUCUUCCACCUGGCAAAGAAUGUAAAAUUACUAUUUCGUAUGUCUCUGAAUUGAAUCUAGUUGAAAAUGGUACUAAAAUUCGUUUUGUUGUCCCAACAACGAUUGCACCUCGCUACAAUCCUGAUAAAGGUGGACUCAGUUCCCCAGCUGUUACUACCUCCAAAUAUGUUCAAAAAAGUCCAUACACUAUUAAAUUUCAAUGUCAGAUUGAAAAAGUAGGAGUUGCUCGUGUUAGUUCAGCUUCCCAUCCAAUUCAAGUAGAUUUUCGCAAUCAAGAUGCUUAUGUGAUUACCUUUGCUCAAGAUAACACUCAAUUGGAUCGUGAUAUUCUCGUUGAUAUCGAAUUAAGCAAGAAUCGAUUGAACACAAUUGUUGCUGUUGAAUCUGGUGCAGUAAUGGCUUCAUUUAUACCGAGUGAAGAAGAUUGUCAAAAAGUUAUGAAUAAUGUUGAGACUAUGAAUGAAUUUAUUUUUAUUGUUGAUUGCAGUGGCUCAAUGGCAGAUGAAGGUAAAAUCGGUCUGGCUCGCCAAGCUUUGUUACUCUUUCUCAAAAGCCUUCCAGUCAACUGCCAAUUCAAUAUUGUUCGAUUCGGUUCUACUCAUCAGACUCUGUUUAACGAUAUCACUACUGUCUAUGAUGAGAAGAAUGCUGAAAAGGCUGAAGGAUUAAUCAACAGAAUGAAAGCCGAUUUGGGUGGUACUGAACUAUUAAGUCCUCUUCAAUGGCUUGAAGCAAAUCCUCCAGCUCAAGGUCAUGCACGUCAAAUUUUUCUACUUACCGAUGGUGAAAUUUCAAAUGUCGAUCAAGUACUCGAUCUUUGCCGUUCAAUGGCUACUUCUUCUCGCAUUUUCUCCUUUGGUUUGGGUCAUUCUCCUAGUCGUUCGCUUGUGAAGGGCUUGGCUCGAGCGACGAAUGGACGUUUUGUUUUCAUUCCACCGAAUACUAGUGCCGAUGUACAUGUUGGUGAACAAUUACAAAAGGCUCUACAGUCUUGUAUUACAGAUGUACAAGUCAAAUGGAACUUGGGCACGACAGCAUUACUGAAUGUACCGACAAAAACACCACCUGUUUACGUUAACGAUCGACUUAUCGUCUAUGCUCUCAUUGAAGAUAAAUCUCAUAAAUUCGAUCAUAAUUCUAGUGUCGAAUUAAAGACAGAACAACAUCGACUAGGUGAAGCAAACAUCACUCAAAUACCCGUGACGAGCAACAACGCGACAAUCGCUCGACUGGCUGCUAAAGCACUUAUUCUUGAAUUACAGCAUUCUAAAUUGCCACCAUCAAUCAAUAAAGGCAAUGUAGGCUCACGGCAAACUCGAUUUCAACAGCCAGUUGUAUCAAAAGAUGAAAGUGCAACAACGAAAGAAACUACACAAAAACGCAUCAUUGAUCUGUCACUUAAAUAUAAUAUUCUCAGUCCUCAUACAGCUUUUGUUGGUGUUGAGAAACGAGUAAAUGCUAACAAUAGUGAUAUGGUUUUGCGCGAAGUACCUAUUCAAAUAUCCGCAGAUGAUCAACAUUUAGGGAUACAUUCUUCAGUACGUUUCGCUAGAAGUGCAAGUACGGCGCAUUGCUUUGCGGCAAUGUCCCCAACGAUGAUGUGUGAUUCAUAUAGUGAGGAUGAUGAUGAUUGUGAUGAUUGCUUUUCACCACAGGCUGUUCACGCAUCAUCGAGUAUUACCGAACAAAUAGUAAGAAAAGGUGCGUGCCAGACGGACAGUGAAGAUAGUGAUGAUGAUAUGGAUGAACCAUGGGCUGUUCACGCAUCGUCGAGUAUCACCAAUGAAAAAGCAAAGGAAGAUGCGUGGCCAACGGACAAUCAAGAUAUUGUUCGUUAUUUGGUCAGCAAGCAAAAAUUUAACGGCUCCUGGGAUUUCGAUUCAAAAAGCAUUGAAAAACUAACUGGAAAACCGCUGAGUGACUUUCAACAGUCGACAAAUAACCAAAUUCUCGUCUCGGCCAUUGUCAUUACCGUACUUGAAACACGAUUUGCUGCGCUGUCGUCAAUAUGGCAUGGUAUUGUGCAAAAAGCUCGUAAACGCCUCAUCGAUCUUCUUGGUAAAGAUAGCAAGGCACUUGAAAGUUUACUCGAAGAUAUUCGGAAAAAUUUAUAA